AUGCUGCGUCAGCUUCCUUCUGACGAAAACGAAGGCUAACGAAAACGAGGCUAGUAACGCUAAGGGCGUGAAGAGUGAUGUGAGAAUUCAGAUUUUGCUUUCCGUGGACCAGCGCGUCACGUCUUCUCUUCGUAUGUGUAAGUCGUGUUUGCCCCAGGGCCAGGGCCAGCGCUGCUCGCAGCCGAGCCCAAUCCUGUCAGCCCUAGAACUUAUGGAGGUGCUGAGGUAACGGCCUGCGCAGCGUUGCGUGGUCUUGUUUGUCGCACCGCGGAGGUGUGGUUUCUGGCAGCUUGCUUCAGGGCCUCACUUUCCCCCGCGCCCCGCGACUAUUGCUUCGCCGGCGCGAUUGUUAUUUUUGAAACCGCCUCAGUGGGACUGCUCUUGUCGGGCAAAGCGGCACAAGCGUCCUCCGGUGUUAGGGCGUCUUAGUCUGUUGCGUACAAAACAAAGCGAGAACGACCGGCAUUUCUGAAGCUGCGGGUCAGCAGAGCGCUCUAUUCGCGAAGUUGGCUCUGUGGGCGGCCCAGUGCCUCCUGGCUGGCCAUAUUUCGGAAGGAAGUCGCGACUCUUCCCACGCGGACUAGCCACUCAGAGCGCUUCCUUACUUUGAAUGACAGUAUUAUUCAAAGAGAAAUACUCCAAUACUUUCAAAUGAUACAACCGUGGGGCAAGGGCAUGGCCGUGAGUGUCGUUUUCGUUUUGCUUAGAGAUUGGUGUCACAGCUUAGCUGCGGCCCGUGCUUGGUGACGUGCCCUGUGGUGUUAAGUAGCCAAGCACCGCCAAAGUUUCCGCGUCGAGCACAGCCGAAAUUCUAAGACUUUUCACGCCCAUAUAUUCUCGUAACCAAAGGGAAAUGGGCGUUGCCGCGAAGGUGGCCCUUGGUGCGGUGGCGACCGUUAGUAUUCCGCUGUUGAUAGUCGAUUGGGUGGGCUUCGAGGGUGCUGGUACUCAAAUCCUUUGUGGGCUUUUCGAAGCCGGCGCGGAUGGUGUCGGCGAUGCUUUCCACGGUGUCGGCGAUGCUCUCCACGGUGCCGGCGAUGCUGUGGGUGGAUGGUUCUCAGCGGACGGCGCCGGCACAGGUGAUGCAGGAGGAGACGGCAUCAACAACUGGUGGACCAUGAACGGGUUGAACAAUUGGGGCGGCCUACUGCAUGCUGGCGGAGGCGAACAGGUGGAACAGGCACGGCAGUUGCAAAACCAAAUCGAGCAGGUGAUGCAAGCCACUGCAGUUGUAGGCGCGGGCGCGGCGGGGGCCUAUUUUGCCCAUCGUCGUUGGGGUACAAAUGUUCCAGGGAAUGACAAAUCACAAGACGUCAGUUAUUUCGAAACGUACGGACAGGCCAUCCAAGACAUUGGAAGCAUGCCGGUUCGGGUUGUUGCGGAGAUGCUGCCCGGUUUGCCUGUCGCUUCUAACCAAAAUGAACAGGAUCGCAGCCUGCAAAGCUUUUUCCCGGAAGCGUUCUCCUUUCUCCUGCAAGAGGAUACCGAGCAGAUUUUCGUCUGGGCAAGCGCGGUCCGUGAUGGCGCCAGCGACGAGCAACUGGAGGACGAAAAGGUUCACAGCACUAUCGGAAGUGGACUGAAGAAGGACUCAGGAGAACUGAGCCAAAUCUUUCUCAAGGUGGAAGACGCGAUCACGAAGCAGGUCCAACAAGAAUCUUCAGCAGGCACAAACUUUCUCACGUCCGUACUUCAACAUCACCAAGAUGGGAAGAUGUUUGUCGCCAAAGUCUUGGGUGGCUGGGUGAGUUCCGACCAUGGUGGUAAUUGCGAGUUGUACGAUGCGGCUUCCACUUCUUCGUGCCCGGUUCACUUGCCGCCGCCGGGCCCGCAAGUGCUUGCACUUCUUCGUGUGGUCAGGGCCGUCUUUGCAAGACUCUUGAAGGGGCAGACCGCAGGCCUCAACUGGCUGGCCGACGCGUUUCAGCUACCGCCGGCAACACAAGCGAAAUACCCCCUGCAAAUAUGUCUGGGUAUGGAAGAAUGCAAACACUUUUCAUGGAGCAUUUUUUUGGACCUGAAAGAACAAAAAGGUCCGGUCCCGAAAUCACGCACACAGAGCAUGACAAGCUGCUCUAUUCCGAGUCUGCAUGAGCAAUGCCCGCCCAUUUGGGAGUCAAAUGGCGACUACUAGUAUUACUAGUACUACAACUAGAACUUGAACUACUGCUAAGUACUUCCUGAGGCAAAAUAAAGCAACGUUUUUUGCUUGCUAUGCAAGACAAAUUUUCAUUUUUGUCGCCUGUGGAAUCAGCAUCGGAAGUUUACAUCUUUCCAGACCCGCCAGACAUAUUUGCAAUGCAUAAGAAACGGCAGGAGAAGAUGUUUUUGCUUCUUUACCCGUUUGUAUUUGAGCCGUUGAUGUGGACAAAAGACAAACAAGGGGACAAACUACCAGGCGUGCAUGUCUUUGGGGGGCCGGAGGGGAAACCGAAACGUCGGAGGAAGGUCUCGCAGCUGACGUACGCGGCUUUGCAGCAGUUCAAGGUGGAAGCACAAGAAAAGAAGACAAAACCAAGCGAUCUCUGCAAGGAGCAGGUCCAGAAUUUCCUGCGCGAAGUCGGCGUGGGCACGCCGCAGCCGCUAUCCUGUGUGAAAACGUACCUCCCACCUCCGCCACCCCGGAUUGUCUCUCAUGCGCAGCCAGGAGCCGUGUGUUGAGAAGUGCAGAAGUGUUUAUUUCUAAAUGCCCAUGCUUGAUGUUGUACUCUCUCUGUUAAGAGUUUUGGAACAAAAACAAAUCGCAUCAUGCUAUUAUAUGAGUCCAGGCAUGAUCGACAUGAUGAUCGAUGUCUGAGAUGCGACUAGCACACCACGCACACACGACAACACUGCUAGUAAAGCGCCUGAUGUGUGUAGCAAAAAAAUGCCCAUCGAUCUACUUGACGAUGUGGCGGGUCGCGGGUACGGUUUUGCACAGCAUAGCCACGGUCUGCUCUACCGGCUCCGCCACCACCUGCCGCUCGCGCCGCUGGGUCUCUGGCGACGACUCCCGCCGCUCCCUCUCGGUCACCAGCAGCCGGUCCUGUUCCAUCUUUACAAGCGCCGGCCGGCUCGGGAUCGGCAGUCGCGACCACCCGCACCCCGCGAUCAUUCGCUCCUGGCACGCCGGGUGCACGAACACAAGCAGCCAGCAGAACGGGUGGACCUGCAUCCGGCGGUAUGCAAGAAAAAAACUGUUUAAGUGUAAAUCUGUGAUGCGGAAAAUGCAAAACAGUUAUACUUGUCAUGCUCGACAUGCAUGAUCGGCUCGCUUCCUAUGUGUUUUCAUCCCUCACAUACUAUCUGUGCAUAACAAGUUUUUCCUGUCAUGGCAGACGAACUUGUGCCGCUGUUGUAUUUCCAAAAGAAAUACACUAACGCAGUUCCAGUUUUUUUCUUGGAUAGGCGACGCAGCGCCAGCAGUGGCAUCUACUACGCCGGCACCCAGGAACGAUUUUGCAGCGCCAGUCGGAAGACCCGCAGCUGCUGUGCCUCCUGCAGCUCGACCAGCCGGCCCGCCUCCCGUGGCGGUUGCUGGGCCACCUCCUGUUGCGGCAGCCGGAGCGGCAGGUGCUGCCGCGCGCGGGUCGUCGGGUACCACACCUCUGGCGCGCGGAUUGGGUACUACAACUCUGGCCGCGCGGGGCGGUGGAUCAUUGGGUACUACAACUCUGGCAGGCGGAGGGGCUGGAGCUGGAAGUCAAGCUGCAGCCGCUGGAGCUUCCUCUCCCGUACCUUCGACCGCCUCUCCUGGGCUAGCUUCACCCGUAUCACCGGCUACGCCGGCCCUUUAUCCGCGGCCGCGUGGUGAUGCAGAAGCCGUCGGGGCGGCAGCGGCUGCGGCAGCCCCCGUCGUACCAGCAGCACGACCAGGAAUGACUACCACGACUGCAGCCGGCCUGCCUCCCAUGGCGGUUGCUGGACCACCUCCUGUUCCGGCAGCCGGAGCGGCAGGUGCUGCCGUGCACGGAAGAUCGGGUACUACACCUCUGGCGCGCGGAUCCCCGGGUGCAGCUCCGGCAGGCGGAGGAGCCGGAGCUGCAGCUAGCAGCGGACUUACUUCCCCUUCCGUACCUUCGACCGCCUCUCCUGGUGUAGUUCCGCCAGCACAUGCGCGGCCGCGUCGUCCAGGAGCCGUCGGGGCGGCGGCGGCAGCCCCCGUCGUGCUUGGGCCGCAAGAAGCCCAGCGGAUUGCCGCAAACCACCCGCCGCAACCCCUAUGAAGGCGCCUACUUUUAUUUAGGUCGGGUUUGAAGUAGAGUUUCACAUCUUCAGAACAGCUUCGCGCUGUGCUAUGUUUUUGCAUCGACAAUAGGCAUCUUGGAGAGUCGCAGUACACCGUGAAAUGUCGAUCAUGAUCACAGUUUUUAUGUAUUUGAAAGUGGCUGGGGGAACAGCAUUGUUUGCACACAAGAAGAACCGCGCUACUGAGCAAAUUGUUUUGCGUUUGCCCAGUGCAGCAUGGCUGCGACGUCUUCGCUGUCCGAUUAGGCACACUGCCCAUUCUCGCUUCUCGAGAAGUGUGUAUCUGCCUACUUGAUGCUGUUCGCAGUAGCAGAGCCUUUUUCAACAUCCCGGGGACUAGAUGAAAUAUAUGGUCGUGUUGGUGUUCGUAAUACGACGACUCCCCAAGCGCAAGCUGUUCCGGAUGUGAAACAAACUUGUAGUGCGCCCGUCCUCUUCAUUUGACGCACGCAUAUUGACAGCCGAACGCCAAUGCCGGCGGCCCAGGGCAGGGACAGGGAGAACAGGCGCUGGCGGCACGGCCCGCAGUUCCGCCGGACGAGAACGCCGCGGUGGCCCCGCCCCCGAAGGACGCUGGUGAACAAGGCGGGGGGUGCAAUUGCGGCGAGAAGUGAAAACUCUACUGCAGAGUCAAGGUCAACGAGCCUAGGGGCCCAGUGUCUGGUCUUCUACCGCUGUGUGGCCGAACUCGGAAGGUAUGCUGAUUUUUGUAAUGCCCGACUACAGCGGGUGUUGCUCUUGCUGAGCAACCAUGAAAUUCAAUCAUAGCUACUUAUUUUCUAUUUCUACUUUUGCACAUAUCUUCUGUAUAUCCACUCCGUCACCGUACUGUAACCUCUUCUUCAUGAAGGCACGAAUCAAUCGUAUUUGUAACUCGAAAAGUAUGCUCUUUAUCAAUCUUGUUUCUCUUUCUUUAUCAUUUACAGUUUGACGAUCAAGUUCGGUUCCUAUUCUUGCUGCUCAAGAAUAAAUCGAAAGUUGUGCGAAGUAAAAUUUUGUUUUUUUCUGUACAUUAUACUAGCAAGCAUAAUUAUGUAGAACACAUUCUGAUCAGGAUCUGCUUUGAAUCUUUUGUUCGCACAUAGAACAGAACUACAUUUUGACUUCUUAUUACAUCUAAGGAAAUUCUUGAAUGCGUCCGCUGUAAAGGACAACCGGAGUUUUGUGUUUUUAACAUGAUUGAUUAUCAUUAUUCAUUUAUUUCUUGUGUUUCGGCAUGAUCGUUCACCUGCGUAUCAAUCCAUCUCGCCCCAGUAGUACCUGCUGAUUUCUCAUUUACAAGAAGGCUGCAACAGAUAGCGACCGAUCCUGUGGAAGCCGAGCGCGUAAGAGACUCUUGAACUCCCAAGAGUCUAAUCACCGAGACCGCUAGUUGUAGCCUUUCUGUGAUGAUAAAAAACGCCAUGAUUCACCAAAGCAGCGCUGAUAGCCUGGUGCGUACUUCUUAUGGCAAACCGCUGCUGGUGGUGCUGGGUACCUUCAAGAACAUCUUCAUGCCUAUUUCAGUUUUUCUUGCUAAGAGCAAGUUCUUGCACUUAU